UCUCUGUUUUCCAAUAUGAUUCUUAUUACGUCAUUGCAAGGUUCUCUUUUAGUUUUUUCUGCUAAAAUCUCUAACUUCUUUUUCUUAUUGAUUCAAUGCUUCUGUUGUAGCUUUGUUGGCAAUCGUGAAUUGUGUGGCCAGCAAACCCAAGAAUGCAAGAAGAAUGGCAGUGAUUCUACAGCAUCUUCCCAGCGUACUGGUUCUGCCCAAAACCAAGCCAGGAAGAAAUAUUCAGGCCGGCUUCUUAUAAGUGCACUUGCCACUGUGGGUGCAUUGCUUCUGGUGGCACUUAUGUGUUUCUGGGGCUGUUAUCUGUAUAAGAGGCUUGGUAAAAAUGAUGGCAAAGCCCUUGGGGUGGACGUCACUGGGGGAGCAUCAAUUGUGAUGUUUCAUGGAGACUUGCCGUACUCUUCAAAGGAUGUCAUUAAGAAACUUGAGACUUUGACAGAGGAACACAUAAUCGGUGCUGGGGGCUUCGGAACUGUCUACAAGCUUGCCAUGGAUGACGGCAAUGUAUUUGCCUUAAAAAGGAUUAUGAAGGUAAACAAGGACUUUGAUCGUUGUUUUGAGAGGGAGCUUGAAAUUCUCGGAAGCAUCAAACAUAGAUACCUGGUAAAUCUGCGAGGAUAUUGCAAUUCCCCUACAUCGAAACUUUUAAUAUAUGAUUUCUUAUCAGGAGGCAGCCUUGAUGAAGCUCUUCAUGGUUCUAUCUUCCAUGUGGAGAGAACCGAGCAGCUAGAUUGGGAUGCUCGUAUUAAUAUUAUUGUCGGAGCUGCGAAAGGGCUUGCCUAUCUGCAUCAUGAUUGUUCCCCUCGAAUUAUCCACCGCGAUAUCAAGUCGAGCAACAUUUUACUUGAUGGAAAUUUUGAUGCUCGAGUGUCUGAUUUUGGACUGGCUAAAUUAUUGGAGGAUGAGGAAUCUCACAUCACGACGAUUGUAGCUGGCACAUUUGGAUAUCUGGCUCCUGAGUAUAUGCAGAGUGGUAGAGCUACUGAAAAGACUGAUGUCUAUAGUUUUGGUGUUCUGGUGCUCGAGAUAGUGAGUGGGAAACGGCCUACCGAUGCAUCCUUCAUUGAGAAGGGACUAAACAUUGUUGGAUGGUUGAAUUAUUUAGUUUCAGAAAACAGACAACGAGAAAUAGUCGAUCCAAACUGUGUAGCAGUUGAGACAGAGAGCCUUGAUGCCCUGCUUUCAAUUGCCAUCCAAUGUGUUUCUUCAGGUCCUGAGGAUAGGCCAACCAUGCACAGGGUGGUUCAAAUACUUGAAUCUGAGGUCAUGACCCCAUGCCCGAGUGACUUCUACGAUUCCAACUCUGAUUAGGGAUUUUUCAUCGAAUGGUGAACGUUCGUAGUAGCUAGUAUUAUCAUCUGUUUCGCAUGGCAAAAUGCUGAAGCAACACAAGCGCAGAAGGGGCUCAGAAUCUGCAUUAAUUUAUUUCAAACCAUAUUUAUUCGUUCCUUUUGCAAAUCGACAGAAUUGGCCUGUGUUGCUUCGAUUAUUCUCCUCUAAAUUAGAGCAAGUGGUUUGGCCUCAUCAGGAAUUAGGGGUUGCUUUGUCCCAGGUGUCCUCAUCAGGUUUAUCUUCUCCAAAUAUCUAAACUUUUGACCAUUGUUCUCGUCUCUUUACUUGAUCUUCCCUAAUUGAAAUUCAUCUAAAUCAUUUUGUACGUGAAUUGUAAAAUUAAUUGUGUCAUCAUAACCGAAGGAUCCUUGUGAUUGAUUCCAUUUUGUAUAAUAUUUCGAGUGCAAUAAUUUUUUUCAUAAUUGACUGUAAACUUUCAUUCA